AUGCACCUUAAAAGUUGGAUGCGAUCCGCCAACCCAAUCCCGAAGCAGAAGAAGAAUAGUACAACGACCAGAAGAGCAGUCCAUGGCUUCUUCAGACGUCUUUGUUGCUGCUGCUCGCAAAUGUCUACGAGUUGGAAAGAAACGCUUCUCUGCCACUGUGAGUCUGAACCUGGCUACUCAGGUCCUGGCUGUGGACUUGGGCCUGAAGCCCGCUCUGCUAUAUGACAGUAAUACAGCAUCUGCAGAGCAGGUCCAACAGUAUUUAAACUCUCUGCAGGCUGCACAACUUGUGUCUAAAUCUCUCCAGACAGUGGUCAUCAGUGAGAAUUCCUUGAUUGUGAACCCAUCCCUAACUAUAGCAAACUUGGAGGCACUUCUCUUGAGGAGGACUGUGACUGUGGUGGAUGUAUGUCACUCAUUGGAGCAGCCUGCCAUCACUGAGCUACAGUGGGGAGCUAUCAGGGACAUGAUUCAUGCUUUACUUGCUCAUAUUAGACAGUUUGGGCAACAUUCUGCGAUGAGAAAUGUCCCUCACCGAAUUGAAAAGAGACAUUGUGAGGCAUGGAAUCUGUGUACUCUUUUUGGGAUUCUAUUGGGCUACCCCUCCACAUACUGGUUUGACCAGAGCAGGAGCUUUGAGAACUGCCUAGCUAUGUCUCCGCUGGUGGUGACCAAGGCUGUGGCCUCCUGGCAGGGUGGUGGUUCUGGAGUUGAGGGUCACAGGUGUUGCCUGUAUUCCUUCAGCACCCCAGAGAUGUUGCAGGCAGAGAUUCUGUCAGUGAUGGCUAGCUGGACUACACAGCUUCAGGAACAAUUUCAGCAGCAGACGAUCUUCUCUGACCUCUGUUUAACAAGAUCAACUGUCACCUUACCUUCUGUGGCUCUAUGAUUAUAAUGGCACUUUGUGGAUGGAUAUUGUAUGAAAAAUGUGACGGUAUUUGUAUUUUGGAUAUUGUCUGUAAAACAAUUGAUAAGCAAACAUUGAAGCAGUUGUUCAUGUUUCCAAACUGAUUUACAUAAUCAAGUUGGAAACACAAUUUAUUUAAAAUAUAAAUGCAUUUGUGAGGGAAGUUUACACCAAUGACUACUACAUCAAGCUUGUGGCUCCAAACUUGUUGGAUGCGUUGCAUUUUGUUUUGGUUGUGUUUCAGAUUGUUUUGCCCAAUAGGAACUGAAUGGUGAAUAAUUAAUAUUGUUUCAUUUUGGGGUCACUUAUUGUAAAUAAGAAUAUAUGUUUCAUAACGCUCCUACAUGAAUGUGUAUGCUACCAUGAUUAGGAGUAAUCAUGAAUAAAUUGUAAAUGAUGAGUGAGAAAUUAAGAGGCACAAAGAUCAUAAUCUUUAUUCCUGAUUUUGGGGGUAUUUCAUUUUUUAUUUAACUAGGCAAGUCAGUUAAGAACAAAUUCUUAUUUACAAUGAUGGCCUACCCCGGCCAAACCCUAACGACACUGGGCAAAUUGUGCACUGCCCU